AUGUUCCAUUUUCAUGCACGAAAAGAGGCCUCGAAGGACUUCAAUAAUUGGCACAGGCGGAAAUGUCGACAAUAUGUUGAGUAUCUGAGCUAUUAUAUGCCACCGUUUCUCAAGCCGGCUGUCAAGCAGCCCGACCAGACCUCCGUGUCGACGCGGAUUCUCAAUGAGGAAGACGACGAUGCGGAAGCUACCUUGCUUGCAGAAGUCAAGCAAAUCGUACGCCAACGCUCGGAAGAGAAUAGGUAUAUUAUGGAGAACGGUAUGGACCUCGCUGCACUUUCACUUGCUUUGCAGAGUUUGCAUAACCUGAGCGAUUUAUACCUCACCUUUCGCAAAUUCGACGCUGGCGAGCGAGAUCCUAUAUCGCGCAAACUGGAUGGUUUCGUUGCGCAAAAGGAAACACUCGAAUAUCACCUCCUAACACUUGCACAGGCCGUCUCCCAGUUAAGAGCGGCUGGGCGACGCUUCAGCUCUAUUCGGCUAGUGGGGGUUAGGCUUUCACAGAGGCGAGGACCGCAAGUACUCGGCGGCGACGACGAGGCAUCCAGAGUCAAGUUGAGAGACUGUGUAAAGCAGGUUCUUGGAGGAGUCAGCUGUGCUAUGCUGUCUUUAUGUGGAGAUAUCCUCAGCUUGUGCGAAAGAACGCCGUUGAGUUUCAGAGAGAUUCAUAUACUCAAUACCGCUGUUGAGUAUGAGACCUUGAGGCCUUUCCUCGAGCACAACAUUUCUACUCUCCGAAGGAUAGAGUAUUACUUUGUUCAGCUGCAGAACUAG